UCUCUGGUCUAUGUUAAGUGAUUUCCUUGAUGUAAAGCGGUUGUAGUAUUGGGCUUAUCCGGUUCCCUAGCUGGUUCUACUACACUGUUCUGCUGCCAAGAUCUGGUUCUGUCUCACCAGGUUAUGUCCUGUGUGGCCUAACGUUGCCGUCGAAAGGACCAUAUGAGCUAACGUUAGCUUUUUGAGUGGUCAGUUACUGUGAUCACAUUUUAUCGUGUUUGAACUGUAAAUUAGUUGGGAUUACUGUGUCUGAGCAACUCCGUCUACAAAUCCAUGUGACAGUUAGGCUAUCUAUCGUUAGGCUGUAGUUUAUGUCCCUAUUUGUUUGUGUCUAACGCAAGCCAAAUAGCUAGCCGUGAUGGCCUUCUAACAUUAGCUUGGUAGCUAAGUGGCUAAUGUUCGCCAAGGAAUGGCCACAACAUCCAAAUUGAAUCCAUGCGCCUAUUCACCAAAUCUCCGUGUUCUUCAGAAAGUGCUACACAUUUUUAUGUCACAUGAACGAAAUAACCAUAAUUGGUUUCUUCAUGUAAUUAACUGGCUAGGUGAUUUUUUUUCUAACACGUCUAGAGAAUUAAGCAUUGUGUAAUUAAUUACAUAGAAAUAUAAGUGUGCUUAUAAUUGCCUUUAGCCACUGUCACUCGAAAUGCUUUGUUUGAUACCUUAAAUAUUAACGUAACUGUAGCAUGACUGCGAACACGGUAUGUCGAACACUGUAUCUUUAAGGCAGACCCGGAACGUAGCAAAGCAAACCCGGAAAAGUUGAGUAAUCAUUGUCAAAAGCAACGGGUAUAUUUGGAUUUCAGGAAAUGAGCAAGUUCUUCAAACCAUUGCAGAGGACAAUGCCAACAAUGCCAGCCCUGUGGAUUUGGAGAAUAACACUGAUUUGAUCAUAUUGCAGGAACAUACACGCCCACCACACUAAUGACUCUUGAACAUUUGACAAUUUACCUUCAAUAGAGAACCUUCAGCCCCUGCAGAAUCUUGCUCUGUUAACAUGGAUGGAGAAGAAGGCCUCUCUGAUAAAAGUGAUGUAGGCCUGGAACAUAAUGGCUGCAUAGGAGAGGACAAGAGACGAGUCAAAGCGACAUGUUUGAAAAUUGAAGGUCAAGAUGGAUACGUUUUUAAAUCGUAUAGCAUCACACCUCAUGAUGGAACAGAGGCAAAAUCCUCUGCCAGUGUGUCAGAAGCUUUAGGUAAUGACAUUUCCUCUGUUGAGAGCCCAUCAAAUGAUGUAUCUACUCAGGUUAACCAACAGUCAUCAGAGGGUGCUGUGACUGGGGAGUUUAGUGAAAAAGAUGAUUCUCCAACCUCUCCAGCCAUUACCAAUGGGCCCAACGACGAGAACACUGAUGUGGAUGAAGAAAAUCCACCAGAAAAUGACACACCAUUGCAUAUUAAAGAGGAACCAAAUUCAAUGGACGAGGGCACGCCAGAGGACGAAAAGUUAUCAUAUGAUAGUUCUGUAGGCCCUUUUGUUAGCAGAGAUAAUGAUGACUAUGGUGGAUUGCUAAGUGGCUACACAAGUACCCUUUACGAUGUCGCCAUGGAUGCAGUUACUCAGAGCCUUCUGUCAUCCAUGAGGAACCCUGUAAAUCCACGGAAAAAGUCUCCUGCCUGGAACCAUUUCUUCAUAUCUCCACGAGAUAGUACCAAAGCUAUUUGUAUGUACUGUAUGAAAGAGUUUAGUAGGGGUAAGAAUGAAAAAGACCUGAGCACUAGUUGUUUAAUGAGACAUGUACGCAGGGCUCACCCCACUGUGCUUUUACAAGACGGGGAGAGCCCCUGUAAUUCUAUGUCUAGUGCUGUUGCCUCAUCCUCAAUACCUCCCAUGAAAUCACCAAAUAAUGGAGACUUGGCAGCUCAUGCUACAGAGAACAACACCUCACCAUCAACCUCCACAACGGAAGCCACCAACACGUCAUCCAAAGAAGCACCAUUAAAAAUCAAACCAAAAUUGGAAAAGUGCACCAAGACCGGCCCUGGCACAGGCUCAUCCCCACAUUCCACCAACAACCAUAUUGAUGAUCUGAUGGAUGGAGGUUUGGCAUCAGCACCAAAAAACUCCAAUUCUCGGAGGCGAUCGGCUGUGUGGAAACAUUUUUAUUUAUCCCCUGCUGACAGCUCCAAAGCUGUGUGUAUACACUGCAUGAACGAGUUCAGUCGAGGAAAAAACGGAAAGGACUUGGGAACAAGUUGCCUGAUACGCCACAUGUGGCGUGCCCACCGUGAAAUUGUCAUCGAGGAAAACGGUCAGGGCUCCAGCAUUCCACCACCAUACACAACACCACCUACACUUCUGUCACGCACACAGGCACAGGACUCUGUUGAGGUGAAAAAGGAACCCAUUUUUGCCUCAUGCUCUCCUGAAACAUCAGAUGAAGUGCCACAGAAUAACAAUGCAGACUUGGAUGUUAAAGAGGAGUCAGAUGAUGCCACAUAUCAGAUAGGGCAAGGGUCUUUGCUUGACUUGUCAUUUGGAUUGAAAGGUGAAAAUCUACCAUCAGCUUCUUCACCAGAGGAGCCAUCUCAUGCUCCCAGCUUGAAUGAGGACCUGAGUUCAGUGUUCCAGCAAAACAAGAAAAUAAUGAAAAGGGUGAAAUCUGAAGUGUGGCAUCAUUUUAUUGUUUCGCCAGUCGACCAGCUGAAAGCUCUCUGUCGAUAUUGUCCCUGUGUUAUUAGUCGAGGAAAACGUGGCGACUUUGGCACAAGCUGUUUGAUGAGACAUCUUAUGAGACGACACCCCGACGUCCUAAAGAACCAAAAAAACACAUACGACAAGGUGCCCUCACCACAGUCACCCUACACAGAGGGGGUUUCUGCCAAGGUGACUGACAAACCCAUUCAUGAGAAAAAAUCAAAUACUCUGUCUGUGUUCAGCAAAAAGACUUCAAAGCUGUGGAAUCAUUUUUCUAUUUCUACUGCAGAUCCCACAAAAGUGAUCUGUUUGCACUGUAGCCGCACAAUUAGCAGAGGUAAAAAGACCACAAACCUUGGCACAAGUUGCUUGUUCAGGCACAUGCAGAGGUUUCAUGGACAUUUUCUCGAAAAUAACAGCAAUAACUCAGGUGAUGUGUCAACUGCUGAACUUCAAAUUAACCAUGAGCUCAUGGACACUUCCUCCUAUGAAGAAAAUGGUGAGAAAUUUGAUGAAUACCAUCCGGUUGCCAAAAAAAUCACCAAACUUGUUGCAGAAAUGCUUGCACUUGAUCUUCAGCCAUCUGCAGUGGUGGAGAAUGUCGGUUUGAACCGACUGCUGGAAUACCUCCAACCACAGUAUACUCUACCCUCCUCAUCCUACUUCACCAGCACUGCCAUACCAGAAAUGUAUGAACGGGUGAAAGAAGUUGUUCUUACACAUCUGAAAGAGGCUGAGGGUGGCAUCGUCCACUUUACAACAGGUAUCUGGGUAAGCAGCCAAACCAGGGAGUAUCUCACUCUGACGGCUCACUGGGUUGCUUGUGAAUCAUGUGUACGUCCACAGGGCCAAGACUUUCACUGCUCGGCUCUUCUCAAUGUCUCCCAGAUAGACUGUGACUAUAACAUGGAGAACAUUCAGAAGCAGCUCGAGUAUCUCUGGGACACAUGGAUUGCUUCUUCAGGCCUCAGGAUUGGAUACACUGUAACAGAUAAUCAGAUAAUUGGAAAUGUUUUGGAAGACAGUGGUCAUGCCACCCUUCAAUGUUUUGGUCACACAAUAGACCUCAUCGUGAGUGAAGCCAUAAAGAGUCAGAGAAUGGUUCAGAAUAUUCUUAGCAUUGCCCGCAAAAUCUGUGAACGUGUACACCGCUCAGCAAAAGCGAAGGAAAAGUUGACCGAACUACAGAAGACAUACCAGUUACCUGAAAAUCAACUUGUCCAGGAUGUUCCGUCCAAAUGGAAAACGUCCUUUUUCAUGCUUGAACGUUUAGUGGAACAAAAGAAAGCCAUUGAUGAAAUGUCCAAUGAGUGUAAUUUCAGGGAACUGAUAAGCUGUGAUCAAUGGGAGGUGAUGCAGUCAGUGUGCAAUGCUUUAAAGCCUUUUGAGGUAGCCUGCAGGGAGAUGAGCAAUCGCACUGCCACACUCGGCCAAGUCAUACCUCUCAUACACAUCCUCAACCGAAAAAUUGAUAUGCUCUUUGACGAGACGAUGGGUAUAGACAACAUGCUCAAGUCUCUAAAAGAAGCCAUGGUCACCAGAAUGUCCUCCACACUGCAUGAUCCAAGAUACACUUGGGCAACAAUGCUGGACCCACGGUACAAGACCUCCCUGUUCUCAGAGGAAGAGGCCGAACAGUGCAAACAAGACCUCAUUCAAGAACUGGAGGUGUCACUGUCUACCUCAGAUGAAGCAAAGCCUCUUCUGUCCAAUGGAUGUGGUGAAGUCUCAACUCCAUCCAACAGCUCUGUUGCAAAAAAGGAUGACCUCUGGUCUCUCAUGGAUGACAUCAGGAACAAAAUCAAACAGGAGGAAAAGCCAAAGGCUUCAGAAAUAGCAGUUCUGGAGUACUUGGAGGAGGACAUUCUGGAUCAAAGCUGCAAUCCACUGGAUUAUUGGAAUUUGAAAAAGUACCUAUGGCCAGAGCUUUCUAAGGUAGCUGUUCGGUAUGUGGGCUGUCCACCUAGUGUUGUCCCAGCAGAGACUCUGUUCAGCACAGGGAGUAUGAAUUGUGCCCUGAAUCAGUCCAGACCAAUGCUGGAAAAUUUAGAGGGACUUCUCUUUUUAAAGGUCAACCUUCCCUUGAUAUAUUUUCAGUACUGAUCUUGACCUCUAAUUUGAAUUUUUCAUACACCCUUUUGUGCCCAAUCAAGGAUCAUAUCAUAGUUAUCACAGGGUCCUUAAGAAUAUUUUACAAUGAGGAGAUUCAUAUUCAAUACUUAAAAUGUUUUGCCAUUUUGCAUCAUGUUUUUUUUUUCUCUUUGUGUACUACUGUUGCAACACUGCAAACUGGAGUUGAUGUCAAACUCAGUCAUUUGUAUCAGGGAGGGGGGGGUUGGUGUAUCUAGCUGUAGGGGUGAUGGUUUAUUGCUGUAUUAUGAUUUUUGUAUUUAUUUGGUCUUCUUUCUCCUUGUGCCUUAGAACUACUUCAGGUCAAAAUGCUGUAAAUACUUUAAUGAUUUGCAAACAAAGUCUUCAGUUUAAAUAAUGUAAAAUAAACCUAGAUGCUGAAUUUGUGUUUUUAUAUCUAUUGGCCCAAAAGAAAAAAUCUGUGACUAAAACGUUUUUGUUUUGUUUGUUAUUUAAUUAUUUUAUUGUGAAUUUAUGUCUCAUGGUACUGUCAUAGAAGUAGAAUCUUUUAAAACUCACUGAAAUGUUUCUUAAUGAACUGUGUAAAUGUUUUUUUCAGGACAAGCAAUUUGUUUAUAACAGUUGCCUCACAAGCACAAUUGUCUUCUCUGAGGGAUUAAAUUAUGGGUUAUUGUCAAGUAAAAUGUACUGUAUAUUUUAUAAAUAAUGGUCUCUGAACAGAAUUUGAUAAACAUUCAGACUGGAACAAUGCUAAUUUUGUGAUUUGUAAAUAAAACAUUUCCUCCUGA